AUGGUCAAAAAGUUCAUGAAGGAGGAGCAUCCCGAUGUAAAGCAUCACUUUGAUGUAUGGCACGUUUCCAAAGGAGUUACGAAGAAUUUAGAGACAUGUGCCAAGAAAAAAGAUGGUGAACCCACAAGACAAUGGACAAAAUCCAUUGGCAACCACAUGUACUGGUCUGCUAUUUCAGCUGGAAAUGACGGGGAGGAAAAGCUUGCCAAAUGGACAUCACUGUCAAACCAUAUCUGCAACAUUCAUGAGGGACAUUCAGAUAAAUUUCCACGGUGCCUACACAGCCCAUGUGAUGACAAGGAAUGGCUUAUAAAAGGUUCCAGACAACACAAAAUGGUCAUAUCCGUAGUUGAGAGCCCAUAUCUGCUAAGAGAUGUUGCGAAACUUUCCCCAUUCCACCAAACUUACAGCCUGGAGGUCUUUCACAGUGUCGUCAACCAUUUUGCUUCCAAGAGCACACAUUUUUUCUACUCGUCCAUGCAGGCAAGGCUGUAUCUGACUGCAUUGCACUACAACGAAAAUGGAAAAAAGGAGCGAGCUUACACCAAAGAAGGACAAGAAAAAUGGCAAAUAUCCUACCCGAAAUCUAAGAAGGGUGCAGAAGCUGUGGUAAAGUCAUGCAAAGUCAACACUACAUAUGGUUAG